AUGUUGGACAAACUGCCCUACAAAGUCGUUGACAUCAGCCUGGCCUCCUGGGGACGCAAGGCGGAGAAUGAGAUGCCGGGCCUGAUGCGCAUGAGGGAGAUGUACUCGGCCUCUAAGCCACUGAAGGGCACCCGCAUCGCUGGCUGCCUACACAUGACUGUGGAGACAACUGUCCUCAUUGAGACCCUCGUGGCCCUGGGUGCAGAGGUACAGUGGUCCAGCUGCAACAUCUUCUCUACCCAGGACCAUGCAGCUGCUGCCAUUGCCAAGGCUGGCAUUCCAGUGUACGCCUGGAAGGGUGAAAUGGAUGAGGAGUACCUGUGGUGCAUCGAGCAGAUGCUAUACUUCAAGGACGGGCCCCUCAACACGAUUCUGGAUGAUGGAGGCGACCUCACCAACCUCAUUCACACCAAGUACCCACAGCUCCUGUCAGGCAUCCGAGGCAUUUCUGAAGAGACCACAAUGGGGGUCCACAACCUACACAAGAUGAUGGCCAACGGGAAGCUGAAGGUGCCUGCCAUCAAUGUUGAUGAUGUCACCAAGAGCAAGUUUGACAACCUGUAUGGCUCGGAGUCUCUUAUAGAUGGCAUCAAGUGGGCUACAGAUGUGAUGAAUGCAGGCAAGGUGGCAGUGGUAGCAAGCUAUGGCGAUGUGGGCAAAGGUUGUGCCCAGGCCCUGAGGGGUUUUGGGGCCCAUGUCAUCCUCACGGAGAUCAACCCCACCAAUGCACUGCAGGCUGCCAUGGAGGGCUAUGAGGUGACCACUAUGGAUGAGGCCUGUCAGGAGGGCAACAUAUUUGUCACCACCACAGGCUGUAUUGACAUCAUCCUUGGCUGGCACUUUGAGCAGAUGAAAGAUGACUCCAUCGUCUGUAACACUGGACACUUUGACGUGGAGAUUGAUGUCAAGUGGCUGAACAAAACUGCUGUGGAGAAGGUGAACAUCAAGCCCCAGGUGGACCACUACUGGCUGAAAAAUGGGCAUCAUAUCAUCCUGUUGGCUGAGGGCUGGCUGGUCAACCUGGGCUGUGCCAUGGGUCAUCCCAACUUUGUGAUGAGCAACUCAUUCACCAACCAAGUGCUGGCACAGAUAGAGUUGUGGACCCACCCAGACAAAUAUUCUGUUGGGGUCCAUUUCCUGCCCAAGAAGCUGGAUGAUGCAGCGGCUGAAGCCCACCUGGGUAAGCUGAAUGUGAAGCUGACCAAACUGACUGAGAAGCAGGCCCAGUACCUGGGCUUGUCCCGUGAUGGCCCCUUCAAGCCUGAUCAUUACCACUACUGA